GAAUUUUAGAGCAGUGCUCAGCUAGCUCUCAAUUUGACGUUGUCAUCGGGUGUACUCAACGGAGAGGGAAUCCAUUGCCCUGGAUAACUGUAGCUACGUCUGCUGCUGUACCCACUUCCGCUCUGCAAGAGGCACGCGUCCAGGCAUUCACCGACACAAAGAAAGGUCGUUAUGUCGGAUGAGGAUUCGCGUGCCAGCGUUAGUUCUUCUUCCUCAAUUUAUCAGCAGUUAAAAAUAAACGCGCCUAAGAAACGAGCAGAAAGCAAAGCCAUCAUGAGCAAGACCUCCAAACUCCUCUCCACCAGCGCCAAAAGAAUUCAGAAGGAGUUGGCUGACAUUACUUUGGAUCCACCACCGAACUGCAGGGAGUCAAUACUGAGACCAAGGUUUGUUUUUCCAGUGACCCGUUCCCAGGCAAACCGGCUACCCAGGAACCCCCGGCCAAGCAAACCGGCUACCCAGGAACCCCCGGCCAAGCAAACCGGCUACCCAGGAACCCCCGGCCAAGCAAACCGGCGACCCAGGAACCCCCGGCCAAGCAAACCGGCGACCCAGGAACCCCCGGCCAAGCAAACCGGCGACCCAGGAACCCCCGGCCAAGCAAACCGGCGACCCAGGAACCCCCGGCCAAGCAAACCGGCGACCCAGGAACCCCCAUCGUGUUAGCAAAGAAAUGUGUAUAUAUAUUUAUAAUGUCUUAUCAGCUGAAUGGCAAGGAGGAAGUAUCAACAUUCUAAAAAUGAAUAUAUUUGGUAGAUUGUUAUUUUUGUUGAGGAAGUGUAAACUCAUCCUAUUAGGUAAAGAUAGCUGCUAUUAACAAACAUGUGUUUGGAGUUGUUUAAACCAAGGUGACUUUUUGCCAACACAUAGCUAAGGGCUCUAUUCAGGCUGUAUUGCUGAAGCGUUAUAGAUUUGCAUGAUAGAAAUGUGAAGGUAAUUUUCCGAUUGAGCCGACAUAUGCAUGAAUGCAGUCUCCACUGAUGCCUGAACAUUGCCCCCACAGUAAUGCUGAACUUCCACAAUACGUAUUGAAUAGAGCCAAGAAAGAAAGAUUACCAGCCGGCUGGUAAGCGGAUGCUUUUUCAAAGCCUAUGUCAGACAAUAUUAGGAGUUGAUAAAUAAAGUUGACAUAAUUAAAAAAAUAACACUCCUCUUUUCCACUGUAGGUAUGUCAUUCAAAAUGUGUUUAUUCUGUUGCUAGCUAUAUUUAUAAGAACGUUGAAAUAAAGAAUUCCAUUUUUUUGUGUGUA